AUGCUCUUUCUUCUCGCUUACGCACUCGUGUUUGGUACGUCGCUGCUUCUGGCCUUUCGUCUCUUCAGCCUGAGUGGUUCUGUGCAGACUUCUACUUGCCAUUCUAAUGGCACUCUUUUCCACGCGCUUGACAACAAGGUCACUGUGGGGGGAAGAACGAGGGGCGCCAGCAGUGUUGUUACUGAUGGUCCGCAGGCAGAGAUGUUGCGUUUCCUUGGAGAAACGUGCUGCACACUUCCUGCGCGUGGUAAAGAUCUGCGGGUGUUGGCCGGCCCGAAGCAAUUCUUUAGUGAGCUGCUGCGACAAAUCAGUGCAGCCCAACAUCGUAUUGUUUUGUCUGCGCUGUAUAUUGGCGAUGGUCCGCUCGCCCGACAGCUUGUCACUGCGCUGAGAAACCGGGUGUCGAAGGCUCGUAGCGACAAAAAGGCACUCGAUGUGUGCAUUCUUCUGGACUACAAUCGGAUGCACGUUCGGCAAAACCUAAAGACUGUAGCAGAACUGCUAAACCUCCAAUCUGAGGCGGCGUCCCCUGGUGCCGACUCUGCUGUGAACGUGCGACUCUUUCUGUUCCAAUCGCCGUGUCGCUGGAAUUGGCUCGUGGCCCCAUUCGGCAGGGCUCGUGAGGCGCUUGGGGUACAACACACCAAAAUAUUCUGCUUCGACAACUGCCAGACGAUUCUCACCGGGGCGAACCUUUCCGACGACUAUUUCGACACCCGUGUUGACCGCUAUUUGGCUGUGCACGACAACCCUCACGUCGCUGCGUGGUUCAGUGGUCUCGUUGACGCUCUUUGUGCUUUAUCGUAUCCAGUUGGAAUCCACAAGGAGUGUAACACGAAUGCGGGUUCUGCGACCGUUGCGGGUUGUGGUGAUACGAAGAAAUGGGGACAGAAUGCGAAUUCGAGUAGUGGGGAGUUCGUGGUGCAUGCGGGGAGUAACCUUACCAUCUUUCCUAAUAUGGCAGGCGUGGAUCCAUCGACGCAGUGGUACGAAUUCUGUGAAGUAGCUGAGAGGAGGUUGCGGGACUUCGCACAUAGUUCCGGGGCUGUAGCAGCGGAAGCGUGGCAAGUGGAGCAGCACCCAGAGAUGGAAGAUGAAGCGACGGGACACUACGAUACUCUUCUCUUCCCGACCAUGCAGUGUGCACGCGCCAACAUUUUUCACGAUUCCUUCAUCGUGCAAAUGUUACUGAGGAUGGCACCACGGUCGACGCACAUCUACUUGGCCUCACCUUAUCUUAAUAUGUAUGGACACUUUGUCGAUGAGUUACUUGCCAGCAGUAGCCCCUACGAUUUCAUAACUGCUAGCGUCAGUACAAAUGGAUGGUACGGUUCGAAAGGCUUCGCUCGGUACAUACCUUACUUCUACCUGCAGUUGCAGCGAGCCUUCCGUUACUUAAUGAAGGAAUACAAGUGUGCACACCGUAUCCGCUUGCACGAGUUCAGUGCGGAGGGAAAGACAUACCACGCGAAAGGACUUUGGUUCAUGAAGGAUCAGAAACAAGGUGGUGCCCCGGUGGGAAGAGUGGGAAUUAGCAGCGCUUGCGCUGGUGGCGCAAACAAUAAUGAUGUCGUUAACUGCGAAGAAACGUGGGAUCAUGUAGGAGAGCCAUAUUUGGUGUCUUACGGCAGCACAAAUUACGGGUCCCGCUCCGUCCACAGAGAUGUGGAGGUGGAGGUGUUUUUGUACACAACAAACGAGGGGCUUCGAGGCGCUCUGCGGCAGGAUCUCAUUUCUCUUCUUCAAGAGUCGACAUCUGUGUCGGAUGAGCGAUUUGUCGGUAACGGCGAGGGUCGUUUUCAGCCUCUGGUUUCGCUUAUGGCACAAAUGGGGCAGGACCUUUUGUAG